AUGGCCAAGUUACAUUCAUAUUACGUUGCUGGUGGAAUAGAAAAAUUUAAUUAUUCUGAAGAAAAUAUGGAGGAUAAUUUGAAAAAAUGGAAGAAAGUGGAAGAAGAAGAGGUAGCGGUGGAAGAGCCAAGAGAAAAUAAUAUAGUGGAUGAGGAAGAAAUAAUUGAAAAGUAUAUUAAUAUUGACAAUCAAGAAUCAUGA